AAGGCCAGGAGCAAGCGUUGGCCACAUGUGUUUUGCAGACCGCUUUUCCGUGGAAAAAGAUCGCCGAAAAUGCCGUGUUUACGUAAUCCGUGGUAACGUGACGUUGAAACGGUGCUCCGAAACUCAUUACUGUUGUGACAAAAUUUUUAGCCUGUACUCAAGCAAUCCUGGGAAAGUCCGCAAAAUAUAAAGAAGAACGUGAAGAAAAAUUACUUGUACUAACAAGGUGUACCCUGGUUGUCUGCUAACUUCCUUUUUUCUACUCGGCACAUACUACAUAUACUCGUAUAUUUUCUCGACAUUUUUCAUCUAUAAAGAAGGUAGAAUCAAUCAUUAUUUAAUUAUUGAUCAUUGAUUAAAAGAAAAUUUAUGCCGGCUGAUUUUUGAUCAUCUUAUGAAAUCGCCGAGUCAGCGUAUUCUUAACCACACAAGCGAUCACCUCGUGUACAUCAUAUCGAAAGUUCUUCAUACAUACAACUGAAUUAUUAACAAAUUUUUUCUUAGAAACUUUUUCUCUAUUGGAUAUCGGAAAAAUUCUAAUACAGUGAAAUUGAGAAAGCAUUAUUGGAUAUUCGGUAACGACCGCGUGUGUACGCCGCGCCUUCUGGAAAGAGCGAUUCCUCGUAACAAGUCUCAAGUGGGCGUUCUCUUGCUAGCAAAGAAACUAGCGCUUGGCUUUGUACUAUUGUGCAGUAUUUUUGUUAAAUUCAGCGUGUUCGUGCAUUAUCGCACGAACUUCAAGGAGACAUGCGUCCAGUCCACGGCAUGGAGGACGUCCUUAGAUUGGUGCUUUAAGGCUGAAUCGACACACGAAACGUCUCGAAACUCCGAUCAGGUAACGAAGUUGCUCGGGUAGAUUAAUGUGCCCGAGGGUGCUCAACGUUUCUCAGGACUCCUCAACUGCCUGAGAAGGAGUAACAUCUUAUAAAACCCUUUCGAGCCAAAUCCUCGUGUUUGGACCUCGUGUUUUGUCUUUCGGCGCGUACGAUUCAAGAUGGCGGCCAAGGUGGCCAGCGGCACUCAGGGAAGUACCGAAAGGGAACAGGGCCCCGGGGUCUCUUAUGCAAGUAUCUUAAAUCCCAAAAGCGGCAAUGAUGCCCGGGUUCCUAACAAGGGUAACAACAAAGAAAACAUCGGUGCACAAGUGGUUCAACAGCAAUCAGUACCUAUAAAGGAUCGUAUUGCUUCUCAAAGUCUAAUUGCUAAAGGAAAGUCUUAUCAAAGAACUGAAAGGAGAGUCAAUCCACAUAAUAAAGUUGAGAAACGCUAUGGAAAUGAAUUACCACCUGCUGCUGAACAGAACCAAUUGGUUGUACAGAAGGAGAAUGUUACUGAGCAACGACAAGAACCUACUCUUGAAAGUGAGCAAGUGAAUGAUGACAUUGGAAGUGACGGAGAGUUUCAGACAGUAGCACCAAAAAGUGCUAGAAGGAAAGAAAAAUUACGAGAACAGCAGCGGGAACUUAGAGAAUGGCACAGAUAUCGUGAUCACAGACAUCCUCUACGUGGCCAUACUGGGAGCAAUGAAAAAUCGUACAAAGAACGAGAACGUGGUGACAGAGAUCAUAUUGUGGGAAAUAAAGAUAUUUCAAGAGAUAAAGAAGAAUCAGAAGCAGAGUCAGAAAUUCAACCUCCACCUCCUAUUAAAUAUGUUGAAGCUCCUUUACCUGCAGUCAAUCCUUGGACCAAAAGUAAAAUUACACCAUCAAUUGCACCUACAAAUUUUGUCACUGCCAUACCUUCAGGGACUGUGACAUCCACGGAGAAACAGACUGAAAAAGAGAAAAGAGUACUUCAACCUCAGCAACAACAAGGAAUUAUAGAAAACGGCAUCAAUGCUGGAAAUCACCCGACUAUUGUAACGGCGUCAAAGGAUAGAAGAAAAUUUAAUCAAAAGGCAAGUGACUUCUCGGAUAUCGGCGAUUGGCCAACCUUAGAAGCUUCAGGAGAGAAGAAGACAGUCGCGACAGCACAGAAGCAAAAUGGUGUAGUUGAACAAAAUAAUGGUAAAGAAAGCAGUGGUAGCGCUAUAGAAAGCAGAGGAAAGGAAAAUAAGGAGCAAACCCAUUGUCAAGAUGUUAAUGAAGAACACACGGAUGGUAUUGAGAAGAAAAAAAAAGUCAACAAGCAAAAAUGGGUACCAUUGGAAAUAGAUGUAACAAAGAAUCGAAGUAAAAGAGAGCAUUCGCCAAAGUAUCACAAUCAAAGAGAAAAGAACGGAGAAGCAGAAACAGAUUCCUAUAGAAAUAGAGAGUAUGAUAGGCCAGCAUUCAUCACGAGAGGUGGAAGAGGUGGACGAAGUUACAGAGGAAGGGGAGGUCGAGGUGGACGAGGCGGCUAUCGUGGUAGUUUUAGGCACCGGCAUGAUCAAGUUUAUAUGCAGAUGUACAAGUUUGGACUUCUGGAUCCUAGUUAUAUGAUGGCAUAUAUGGGAACAUUUUAUUUCAAUAAUACCAAUUUCGUUAAUGUAAAUGUAACGACGCUAAAAGAAUUUUUAAGGAAUCAAAUAGAAUAUUACUUCAGUGAAGAAAAUCUUUUAAGAGACUUCUUCCUACGUCGUAAAAUGGAUGCACAAGGCUUUUUACCUAUUACUUUAAUUGCUUCUUUUUAUCGUGUACAAACUUUAACGACAGAUGUUGGACUUGUUAUCGAAGCAAUAAUGGAAUCCGACAAAUUGGAAUUAGUGGAUGGAUUUAAGGUCAGGACAAAAAUAGAUCCUUUGAAGUGGCCUAUCUUGGACGCGGCUGGAAAUCCCGUAUUCUUAGAACCGUCUGAUGCUUCGAAUCCAUCUCAGAAUGAAGUAAUACUCUCCUCCACGUCCGAAUCCGAUUUUUGUCCUGCUGCCAGACCCUUAUCAACGGUUCCUAUUCCUCCAGUUCCACGUGUUCUUCAAUUCAACCACAAUAUUCCAACAGUAGGGAGGCUCAGUGAAUCAGAAAGUAUAUCCUCGUCAAUAGGCGACAGUUUAAAUCCUGAUGUACCGGAGUUCAUACCGAACGAACUGACAGAAAAAAGUAAUGAACCUAUUGGGUCCAAUAGUAGAAAUGAACAAGCCAAGACGGAGAUGCAGCCAGAAGAAGUAAAAAGCAUUCCAACACCAUCGAAUAAAGGUUCAUCACUGCUUUUGGGUAAUAAAUUCUCAGAAGUGGAUGAUAAAUUAUCCACAACGGCCAAGUGUUCUAGUUCAAGUUCGGUACCAAAAGUACAAGUUAAUGGAGAAUUACAAUCGGCUAAUGAUGUGUGGAAAGAGGUAAGGCGAAGGGUGAAACCAUCACAUAAGGAGAAAAAUGAAGAAAAAGAGAAAGUUGAUAACGUUAAAAAUGAAGAAAGAGAGGAGUUAGACUUUCAAUUUGACGAGGAACUUGAUACACCACCACCAACUGGCCGGCAUAAUGCUUUUUCCGAAUGGUCUGAAGACGAUGAAGAUUAUGAAUUGUCAGAUAGAGAUGUUAAUAAGCUUUUAAUUUUUACACAAACGACGGUGCCUAUGUCGACGCGUAUUCCAAAACACGAAGGGCAUGAUCGAACCGGUGAUUGGACAACUAGAGUGAAAAUGACCCAAGAUCUCGAGCAAGCCAUCAAUGAUGGAUUGUAUUAUUAUGAAGAAGAUUUAUGGAUAAAAGAUGGUCAAAGAUAUGGAUCUUCAUCGUCAAUUGGAAGCUAUAAAACUGUAACAGUUAUUAGUCAAGAAGAUUUUGAGAAAAUGGCGCCUAAAGUACCUAAAAAAGCUAAUCCAGAAGUUCCUCCUCCACCCCCAUCUGCGAUAGAAGAUAUGGAGGUAUCGCAUUCUCUUCCAACACAGAUGUCAUCGACUAUAGACAGUCCGGAGAAAAAGGAUCGUCGUGUAGAUAAAAGUCACUGGAAUGACAAAUCAAGAUUUAGUAGAAGUGGUAGACGAGGGGUGGUUCCUCGCUUCUUUGCGGUAGUAAAAGAUGAACCUUCGGUUGAUCCCAGGACACCACGAAAACGAAAAACAAGACACAGCAAUAAUCCUCCUGUUGAACAUCACGUUGGUUGGAUUAUGGAUGUUCGGGAACAUCGACCACGCACAUAUUCUACUGGAAGUAGUGCUGGAACAAGUCCAAAUGAAGGUUACCUAGCAAGUAGUUACGGAAGUGCACCACAGCCUUUGCCCACUUUCCAUCAUCCGAGUCAUGCUCUUCUAAAAGAGAACGGUUUUACACAGCAAGUCUAUCACAAAUAUCAUACACGUUGCUUAAAAGAACGUAAGAGGCUUGGAAUCGGUCAGUCUCAAGAAAUGAACACACUUUUCCGUUUUUGGUCAUUCUUUUUGCGGGAAAAUUUCAAUCGUACUAUGUAUGAAGAAUUCAGGACUGUAGCCAAAGAAGAUGCCUCCGAAGGUUAUCGAUAUGGUUUAGAAUGUCUUUUCAGAUUUUAUAGUUACGGUUUGGAGAAAAGAUUCAGACAUCACCUUUACAAAGACUUUCAAGUCGAAACGAUACAGGAUUACGAAAGUGGUCAACUGUAUGGUUUAGAAAAAUUCUGGGCUUUCCUAAAGUAUUAUAAACAUUCUGAUCAACUUCAAGUAGAUCCUAAAUUACAAGAGUAUUUGUCCAAAUUUAAGAGCAUUGAAGAUUUCAGAGUAGUUGAGCCUCAAAUAAAUGAAAUGCUACAAGGAUUUGCUGCAAAUUCUCGAUCUCAAGCUGCAAAAAGACGAAACAGAAGUGUAUCAGAAAGUGCAGGUGAUGGCGAUAUCUCGCCAAUCAAUAGAGUUCGUCGAUUAUCUGGAGGCUCCAGUACCGUAACACUACCAACCUCAAGUUCUGAAAAUAAUGCUACAGCACAAAAAUCUCGCGUGGACUCAAUGAAUCUUUCGCAGUUUCGAAACAGAGCUGGUUCAUUUGGCUCUGGGAGAUUAGGCCAUUCCAGAAGACGAAACGACGUCGCUUCUUCUUCAUCCAAUAGUCAACGAGACUUAAGUAAACAACAGCAACCACGAAGCAGACAAAAUUCUGGCUCAUGUAUGAAGACCCAGGAAGUGAGUGGAAAACCUCAAAAUACUGCUAGAGAUCGUUUACAGGCAACCUUAAAAUCCGAGCAGAUGAAGUCGGUGACGAUCAAGGCGGAUAACACAUCGAUUUCUCAAAAGUGAGAUCAGCUUGAAACCGAAGGGUUUGUCGCCGAUAAUGUGCAAUUGACGUCCAAGUCUUGGAGAUGGGGUCCAGGGUAAUCGACGGCCCAAACG